CAAAUACUACAGUACGACUCCAUCUGGGACUGCUUCUCGGUAUCCACUCUUCAUGCACAGCUUCCCUUCCGAGAAACCGAGAGCGGCGAUGGCUGGAUGUGUGAUUGUGACGGUGACCUGUGUCCUGCGUCGAACGACGAGGAAAAGCGUCUUCCAGAAACCCGACUUGGGGUCUGUUUCUCUUGGACAUACGGUACCCUUCGUAAUCUCUCUCAACUUCCUUCUCAGUCCCCGAGGCACUUUUUUAGAUUUUACUGGGCCCCAACUCCACAGCUCGGCCAGCGUGUGAUCCAUGCGUUCGUACAUACCAGAGAGUUAGACAAGUACCACGGGUACUUACCCGCGACCCCGUACCCCAUACAGCGAUUAGAUAGCGAGUCCCCCAGCGGCAGCCUUGAUAAGUACUGUAAUGUACUGGACUGGACUGGACUGUAUCAGGCAGAUCACACCGCGAAGUCUCGCCCUGUACCUUGCUUGGCGAUGACGGUGAUAGCGAAAAGGCAUCCGCGGCCGAUGAUGGCGGCGCCCACUCGCGCAUGCCGUCCACCAGGUAUGCCAUGCAUGCAUCUGGGGAUGCAGAGUCUGCGCUGCGGAACGUGGAUGGAUAAGUGCUUCCUGCGGCAAAGCUUCCUUUGCCUCUUUAGCUCAUGGCUCGUGGCUCGUGGCUUUUGAGUCUUGGCUCGUGGCUCUUGGCUCUUGCCUCUCGGGCCAGACUGACAACCGGCUCCGUCGCGGCGAGUCG